UUCUUUAUUGCUUAUAGUUCUGAGAUAUCAAAUGGACUCAAAUCAUAAUUUAUUCCUCUUUGCGGCCUUUCUUAUUCUAUGCCUAACUGUGAAUGGAGUUAGCGGAUAUGCCACGGUCACUGGUACGGUGUUUUGUGACCAAUGCAAGGAUGGAGAGAAAUCUUUGUUCGAUUUUCCCGUCUCCGGAAUCAAGGUUAGUGUCACAUGUUUGGAUGAAAAUGGACAAGUAUACAUGUCAAGAGAAGAGACCACUAACUGGCUUGGAGGAUAUGUGAUGAGAUUCGACGGGACACCGGAUCUAAGCAACUGUUAUGCUCAGGUUUCAGACAAUGGAGCUCAACAAGGCUCCAGUAGUAGUUGCAGCAUCGCUUCAGGUCCUGCGCAGAAAAUUAAACUAUUGUUUAGUUUCUUUGGGAUUGAAACGUUCGCUGUGGAUCCCCUUCUUGCUCAGCCGGUUCAGCCAAUGUCUUCUUGUCCUAAACCACCACCAGCUCCGGUUAUGCCUCCUCCUCCAGCUCCGGUUAUGCCUCCUCCUCCGGUCCCGGUCAUGCCUCCUCCUCAAGCCAUACCCCCUCCUCAGGUUAAGCUUCCACCUAUGCCUCCAAUUGUUCAAGUCCCGGUCUUACCUCCUCCUAAGGCCCCGGCCAUGAGUCCUCCUCCAGCUACAUCGCCACCUCAAUUUAAGCUUCCACCUUUUCCUCCAGUUCCAUUUCUAGAGCCCUCAGCUUGUUCUCACCAGUUAUGGAUGAGACCUGAAUACAGAUGCUACUGGAAGGUGAUAGGUCCAGACACGAAGGUUGCGGUCGCGUUUGGACUAAUAGCCGGGAGGAGAUAUGGUAAUGAUAUAACAGUACGGGAAGCGCUUAACGGUAGAGGGGAAGCCUACAAGACUCUCCUAAGGGAAGCAACAACUGCAUUACUCAACUCAUACAACUCUCUUGGCUUUCCUUAUAACUCUGUUGCUGUGAUCACAUAUACCAAUAUGGCUCUCCUUGGGACCUCGCAGCACGAUGUUCUCAUGACAGCUAUCCGUUUCAUCAAGGCUAAUUCGGGGACUUGCAAAUUCACAGUCUGCAAGUGAUUUCAGUGUGUUUUUUAUUUUAUUCUUAUUUAAAUACUCUACUGUUUCUUCUUUUCCCAAUGUUCUUGGGUCCUUUUGUCACACCUACUAUAAAAAAAUCUAUACUUGGAUUCAUUAGAAUUUAUGAAUUAU